AUGACUGUCAAUAUCGGGUCUGCUGGCGAAUGGAGCCGCAUCAUCAAGUCGAGCACAGUUGUUGUCGCCGACUUCUAUGCCGACUGGUGCGGGCCCUGCAAGCAGAUUGCGCCGGCGUUCGAAUCCCUCUCGACCAAGUUCUCCAAGCCGGGAAAGAUCACCUUUGUCAAGGUUAAUACCGACAACCAGCAAGACAUCACCAAGCAGUACCGCGUCAGCGCCAUGCCAACAUUCCUUAUCCUCCACAAUGGCGCCGUUAUCGAGACGGUCCAGGGGGCCAAUCCGAUGGCCUUGAACAAUGCUGUUGAGAAAGCCGUCAAGCUUGCGGGGACCUCGGUCCCAGGCGCAGGGUUCGCAACUCCUGGCCGAACUCUAGGCGGCGCCCCCCGUGGCUCUCGUCAAUCCCUUGGCCGGCCUGUUGCAUGGGAUCUGAACAACCUAAUCAACACUAUCGUCACAUUCUUUGGACUCUACGUCACAUCACUUAUUUCUUUGGACCCCUACCAGUCGGCACAGAACUCACGAUACAAUAUCAAAAACCCUCCUCCUUCUGCUGCACCUGGCGGACGUGCCGGAAGUAGCUUCGGGAGCGGUGGCCAACGAGUAGGCGGUCCGGCAGCGCCCAGAUCAUCCUUCCGGACACUCGCAGAUCUUGGUUCAGAGUGA